AUGGCUCACAGACCAAAAAGGACUUUUCGGCAACGCCGAGCCGAUUCCAGUGACGGUGACGGCAAGGAGUCGUCCUCAGAACCCGGGGCGCCGCAGGAGCAGUCGGCCCCGAGUCCUGCGGAAGAAGGACCGUCUCCAACGGUGGUCACACGACUGAUCAGAGGCCGGCGCCCUCGGGGCCGAGUCUGGGCGAGUUCCCGGCGCGCCACGAGAGCAGCCCCCAGCGCAGGCAGUGACUCUAGCGACCAUGGUGACCCCGGAAGCGAAUCCAGAACAAAUGUUUUCUCAACUGAUGAAGAGGGUGGAACACAUCACUCCUCAGAAAGUCAGGAUGAUCAGAGUUCAUCUUCCAUCAACACUAGCUCUCCAGAAGAAAAGGAAUUUUCAUCAUUAGUUAGAAUCCCUGAUGCAGUAUUCAUUCAGGCAGCCCGCAGAAAACGUGAGCUAGCCAGGGCCCGAGAAGACUAUAUUUCUUUGGAUGUAAAACAGACUUCCACCACCUCUGGUCUAAAGAGCUGUGAUGAAGAUUCUGAGAGUGAGCCUGAUGCCAGUGAAGAAAGAAUACCAUUUACCCCAAAGCCUCAAACACUUCGACAAAGAAUGGCUGAAGAAGCAACAACCAGAAGUGAAGAAAGUCAAGAUGAUGAAAAUCAAGAUGUUUGGGAAGAGCAACAGAUGAGGAAAGCAGUUAAAAUCUCAGAGAUUAACAUUGUUACAGGAUACUCACCGUUCACACCUGAGGGAAUAUGA